AUGGCCCUCUUAUCAAACGCCAUUCUGGCCAUUCUAGUCCUCACCGCCACGGCUGUCCUGCUUCCGAAGCUAACAGGCGUUCUCCUCGGUCUAGUGUUUCGGGGAGUGGGCUGGCUGAUAUGGCGACGAACGCGGUCUCGCCGGGAAUAUGUGAUCGCGCGGGCGCGAUCUGAAGAGGAGGAGUUACGCGCCUCACGGCCGAAGGGUACAACAUCACCAUCGCGGAAUGGUGCCGAAGAUGAGGAUUGGGAGAAGGUGGAUAGUUCAGGCCCAGGCGGGGUACAGAAAUCGACAGGCAAUGAAACCAGUGGAGGUACUGGCCAGGAAAGCAACCAGAGUUCAGAAGACUGGGAUGGGAUUAUCGGGUUCUUCCACCCAUUCUGCAAUGCCGGCGGAGGUGGCGAACGAGUCUUAUGGGAAGCAGUACGGGCAACACAGAAGCGCUGGCCGAAGGCAAUCUGCGCUAUCUACACAGGUGAUCAUGAAGUCAAUAAAGCCACGAUGCUGGAGAGAGUGGAGAACCGGUUCAAUAUCCACCUACAUACGCCAACCGUGGUGCUCCUAUACUUGACGACCCGCAAGUACGUUGUUAGUAGCUCAUACCCUUACAUGACGCUGCUGGGACAGUCGCUGGGGUCACUGGUCGUUGCCUAUGACGCUUUUACGCUGCUUGUACCGGAUGUUUUCGUUGACACUAUGGGCUAUGCCUUCACGCUUGCUCUAUGCAAAUGGCUUUUCCCGACAGUGCCAGUUGGCGCCUAUGUUCAUUACCCGACCAUAUCAACUGACAUGCUCGCCUCUCUUGACGACAAGAGCGGGGUGCAAGGGAUCAAUUCUGGCGCAGGGAAAGGGUGGAAAGGGAAAAUCAAGCGUCGGUACUGGGAGCUGUUUGCCAAACUGUAUGGCUGGGUCGGUCGACAGGUCGAUGUAGUUAUGUGCAACUCGUCCUGGACGGCAGCACACAUUCGCACGCUCUGGGGUACCGGCAAGAAAACCAGCAACAGCAGCGGCGACGGGACCGCAUCAUCGCCGGCGGUGGUGUUCCCCCCAACAGCAGUCACCGAACUACAAUCAAGUAUUGCCGUUGAUAUGGAGAGCGAGAAGACUCGCCAGCCCGUCCUACUUUACAUCGCUCAAUUCCGGCCAGAGAAGAACCACCCACUAGUCUUGCGCUCCUUUGCGCGAUUCUUACAAGAACGAACAAAAAAUCCAGCCUACGAAGGUCAACCCCCUCCACGUCUUGUGCUCAUUGGAUCCGUGCGCCAUGCCAGUCCUGAUGAAACCCACAUCUACAAUCUGCGCCUCCUGGCACAUGAACUCCGCAUCCGCGACCAUACCACAUUCUUGUGCGACGCCAGCUGGCCUGCCAUGCUGUCCCAUCUCAGUACCGCCUCGGUUGGCGUCAAUGCCAUGUGGAACGAGCACUUCGGUAUUUGUGUCGUGGAGUACCAAGCCGCUGGUCUCAUCUGUGUGACACAUGACUCGGGCGGUCCACGUGAAGACAUUGUCGUUGAUUUAGGCGAUGGUGCAACUGGAUUCCGAGCUGAGACAGAAGAGCAGUUUGCUGCUUCUUUCGAGGCUGCCCUUGCUCUUCCGGAGGCAGAGAAACUUGCCAUGCGGCAGCGGGCUCGUCGCUCGGCUCAACGGUUUACCGCAGAGGAGUUCUCCCGCAAGUGGCUGGAUCAAUUACAAAAGCUUGUUAAGGCGUCGAAGGUUUAA